GUUGUGAUCGGGGUAUUGGCUUCAGUUUGGCUAAACACCUCGACAGUCAAGGUUUCCAUGUUUUUGCCAGUUUCCUCAACAACCAAAGCGUGGAACAAGACCAACUUGUAAAAACUUGUUCCAACCGUCUACACACUAUACAGAUGGAUGUGAGCAAUGUACAGCAGGUGGAACAAGCAGCAACUCACGUCACAGCAGAGGUCAGGGAUCAAGGAUUAGAAUUCUGGGGCAUCGUCAACAAUGCAGGGAUCUGUUUUAUCGGCAAUGUUGAGAUAAUGGCCAGAGAGGAUAUGUACAAGGUCAUGGCUAUCAAUUAUUUCGGUCCUGUGAAUGUUUGUAAGGCAUUUCUCCCACUACUGCGACAGUACCGGGGCCGAAUUGUAAACGUUGCAAGUAAUGCAGGUUUGGUUCCCGUGCCCCUCAUGGGUGUGUACUGUGCCUCCAAGGCUGCACUGGCCUCUAUGUCGGAAGUGUGGAGGUUUGAGCUACAACGCUGGGGUAUCAAGGUCGCCACCAUUAUACCUAGUGGCUACAAGACCGGCAUUAUGGCUUACGACAAAGCGGCCAUGGCUGAAAGAUGGUGGUCGAAGGCCAGCGAUACUGUCCAGAGAGACUACGGCAGGGAAUGCUUCAACAUCAAAUUUAAGCAGAAAA